ACGAAGCUGCAUUUACGUGAACAUAUUCAUCAAAUCAGAGGUUAGUAUAUUUAACUAUUUAUACUUAAUUAACCAUCAUCCUUAGAAAUAUCCCAUGUCUAGUAGCAUUACGAUGAAAAAAUGCGUUUAGAAAAUAAUAAAAACAAAUAAGAAGCAACAUAUUUCGCUUGAACCGGUUUUUAAAAAAAAACUUUAUUUAUCAUACGUAGGCCAACUCUGACCAUGCGAGACAUUCAACAUUUACUGGUUGAAUCAUCUUCUUCAAACGAACUCCCAGAAUCAGUUUCCUUUACUACGAACGCAGCAGGAAAGUUAUUUAAUCCUGUUAUCGGAUUUGGAUUAAUUGACGCUUGGAAAAUGGUAACUCUUGCUAAAUCAUGGAAAUCGGUUGGAAAACUGUACAGUGAGAGAUUACACAAGUUCCCAAUAGAAAUCUACGCUUGGAAACCCAGCAACCAUUUUCGUUACGAAAGUUACAGGGUCACGUAUACAAGCUUUUUCAAGUUGGACGAAGAAAGAUGUGGUCCACAAGUCCAUAAAGUAGAACACGUUAUUUCGUUUAUCAACUACUACAUUAUAACACAACGAUCUUUAAAGUUAGAAAUAGUUUCUCCUGGUGGGACACAUUCUAUGGUUGUUGAUAACAGUGAUGACCCAACAUUCAGUACAGAUCAGUCUGAUAGAAAUCUUACCAGUGUUCACUUUUGGGGCGAACGUAAAAAUAUUCUUAACCAUAGGAACAUGGAGAGUUAUAUAAAAAAGUUUGAAUCAGCAUCGUUAAUUGUGCUCGGUUCACACGAUGACAUUAAAAUACAACAAAAUUGUGGAGCACGAGAAACGCAAACGAAUACAGUACAUAAACCGCUUGAACCGACCAAACCAGCUACAAAGAAGUCAAACAAAAAGGGCAAAGGAAAUGAUGGAGCUCCCAGGUUUUUACGUUGUACAGUGGUUUGGAUUGAUAUACUUAUGGCAGCCUUAAUCAUUUGUUAA